UGUACAGAUCUACACACAUACACAAGCCUUUAUACCAAUUCUAGAUCCCGGAAGAAAGUUUACAAUGACAGGAUACCAGUCCCCGUGGCUAAUUCAAACUUUCCGGUCGAGGCGAAUGUAUCCAUAUAAGCCUGGAGGUAUGUCGCUGAUGACAGCGAUUUGUCACACCAUUGCUGGAAUUAUCUGAUAAUUAGACAUCUUAUUGAGUUUAUCACGGCUAUCAAUACAAGUUAAUCCCUCUCCGUGGAGAGUAAAUGUGGUUUGAAGGAUUUUGAGGUAAAGUGAAGACAGAAUAAAUCAGAGAACAAAUAAUGUCCUGUUGCUAUCCUCUCACGAGCUUGUUCAAGAAGGAUGAGAAAACACCACAAAAUGAUAAGACGCCACCCGAGUUGACAGGACAGGACCAGUACAAAGUGACUAAACAACACAAUUAUGACGAUGUUGAUCUCGACAAAGCAUCGACAGGUCCGAACUGGGAAGUGGAAAAGAAACCGAGGAAUUAUGACCAGAUUGAGAUACCAGCUGACCAAUCAGAACAAAGGUCAAGAAAGCAAGGAGUAGGACAACAGUUAAACUAUAUAGAGGUGGAAUUUACUGACAAGACGCCGACCAAGCCGAAAAUGUCAGUGUCUAAGAAGGAAGAGACGAAAGUGACAUACAGUGAAGUAACUGUGGACGCCCAGAUUUAUGAAAACCAAUGAUGUUCCCAACUUGUACAUAUGUAUAUUUGAUAUUAUCGUAUAUUAUAAUGAAUGAGGUUUCGGAAUGGGGUCUUACAGCGAUAUGUUGACAUAAAUUCUUGUAAAUAUUUAAGCACCUUGUUAGAAACGUUCAGUUAUUUAAAUCUGAUACGUUGACUUCGUUAGUAUCCAAUUAAAUAUGUUUUAUUAUAUACAUCUAACUCGGCCCCAUCCGUCAUAUAACGAUGUAGUUCAUUGGCUGAGAGGCAUGUUUUCUUACAUACAUCUAACUCGGCCACAUCCGUUAUAUAACGAUGUAGUUCACUGGCUGAGAGGUUUUAUUAUAAGUAAGAAUCCGCCAGAAACUCGCAUCAUUGUAUGUCGAAGCAAGAGAGAUGUUUGUCGGUUUGCAUGCCGCAUGAUACAUGUACAAACAUUUUACAUCACCAUUUAAUGCACAACCGAAAAUUGACCUACCCCAUUCAUUGUUUGUUUGAUGUCCCGAAACUGUAGUACAUCAGUGAUGUUAGGGUACAUGUAUCGGUCUGUUAUUAAGAUGAGAACGUGGAAUCACGUGAACAAUUGUUAACACAUACAAAGGUCAGGACGACCUCGAUAUAAUAAAGGUCACGAUACCCCAAUAUACAUGUAUAUAUAAACAUAUACUAAGGUACAUAGUUACAUUACUUACGGUAGGGUAGAACAUUGUAUCGUGACCGGGUUAUAAUGUUAGAAAUAAUUAGGUCGCGCCAAAUUAUUUUUUUUUUGUAAUUAUAUGUUUGGUUGACUUCUUUUCUACCGUUUUAUAUAAUACCUAGGGUAAGUAAAUUAGGUUUGAAGAAGGCUUGACUUAUUCCUAUUCUUUGGAAUAUUUUGAGAACCAGAUGAUAUUAAGUUUUUACCAGAAAUAUGCAGUUUUGUCGAUUAAAACCUAUUUUGUUGUUACUAUUCUGAUUCUACACACGAUAGAGGUCCUCUUCUUAAGCAGGAUAUAGAAUUACUAAUACAGUAUAGAAAUCUUUCGUUGUGCUUUUAUCCUGCUUAGAGGCAUUUUAUCAAAAAAAUGAAACCAACAUUUAUUGGGAGUUAUCGCCCCUUUUUAUUUGCAUGGCAUUGUUAGAGAAAUGGUUAGACUCGGAGGAGAUCGUUAGAACAAUAGAAAAUUAUAACAAUUAACCAAUUCUUAUUCAUUUCAUAAUUUCCACUUUUAAAAAAAAUCUUCCGACACUUGGAAAAGUAUAAAAAAAAAUAGCACAAACAAUAUAACGUUCUCAGUUUGUUUUAUAGACGUACAUAAAAAUGACAGUAUUUGUAUUAUAAACCACGUAUUGUAGUAUGACCCUAAUUAUUAUCAAUUAUAUAUACAUUGUAGUACCAGUGUUUAAUGGGGGAAACCCUUCAUCUUUAUCAAUCUCACGACAGGGCGUUAUUCUGAUCAGUACUUCAGUAUUUACUCUGGAUUUUAAUUCUUCGUCCUCGAUACUCGGCAGGGAAACCUGUUUGGUCCUGUCUCGGAGUAGGGAUACAAAGAGCAGCAAAUCAAUGAUUGGUCAGGUAUUUCUCCUGACACGAUGACCCUCGAUACUCCAGAGUGAAAUUCGCUGUCGCUCUCUGCACACCAGGAAUGACCUUCCAGGUCCAUCUUCACUUAGAGGUAUUUGUCAGGAAAAAUAUCUGACCAAUCGGAAAUAUUUAACUCAUUGGAUUUCUUUGGCAUUUCGGUCAAUAAGAUUUUACAAAAUACAUGCGGUGUAUACAUCAGUAAUAUGACAUUGUGGGGAGUGAUUCACCCUUGUAAUAUGACAUGGAGAGUGAUUCACCCUUGUGAUAUGACAUCAUGGGGAGUGAUUCACCCUUGUGAUAUGACAUUGUGGAGAGUGAUUCACCCUUGUAAUAUGACAUCAUGGGGAGUGAUUCACCCUUGUAAUAUGACAUCAUGGAGAGUGAUUCACCCUUGUAAUAUGACAUGGAGAGUGAUUCACCCUUGUGAUAUGACAUGGAGAGUGAUUCACCCUUGUGAUAUGACAUGGAGAGUGAUUCACCCUUGUAAUAUGACAUCGUGGAGAGUGAUUCACCCUUGUGAUAUGACAUAGAGAGUGAUUCACCCUUGUAAUAUGACAUUGUGGGGAGUGAUUCACCCUUGUAAUAUGAAAUUGUCCAGAGUGAUUCACCCUUGUAAUAUGACAUCGUGGAGAGUGAUUCACCCUUGUAAUAUGACAUCAUGGAGACUGGGGAGUGAUUCACCCUUGUAAUAUGACAUGGAGAGUGAUUCACCCUUGUAAUAUGACAUAGAGAGUGAUUCACCCUUGUAAUAUGACAUUGUGCAGAGUGAUUCACCCCUUGUGAUAUGACAUGGAGAGUGAUUCACCCUUGUAAUAUGACAUUGUGGGGAGUGAUUCACCCUUGUAAUAUGACAUUGUGGAGAGUGAUUCACCCUUGUAAUAUGACAUUGUGGGGAGUGAUUCACCCUUGUAAUAUGACAUUGUGGGGAGUGAUUCACCCUUGUAAUAUGACAUUGUGGAGAGUGAUUCACCCUUGUAAUAUGAUAUUGUGGAGAGUGAUUCACCCUUGUAAUAUGACAUUGUGGGGAGUGAUUCACCCUUGUGAUAUGACAUUGUGGGGAGUGAUUCACCCUUGUAAUAUGUCAUUGUGGAGAGUGAUACACACUUGUAAUAUGACAUCGUGGAGAGUGAUUCACCCUUGUGAUAUGACAUAGAGAGUGAUUCACCCUUGUGAUAUGACAUGGAGAGUGAUUCACCCUUGUGAUAUGACAUAGAGAGUGAUUCACCCUUGUGAUAUGACAUGGAGAGUGAUUCACCCUUGUGAUAUGACAUAGAGAGUGAUUCACCCUUGUAAUAUGAAAUCGUGGAGAGUGAUUCACCCUUGUAAUAUGACAUUGUGGGGAGUGAUUCACCCUUGUAAUAUGACAUCAUGGGGAGUGAUUCACCCUUGGUAUUGCAAAAUAUUGCAUGAAUCACAUACAUGUAAGAUAAGUACUGUAUAACUUUGAGAUUACAAAAGUCCACCCUCAAUUCUGUCAGAUAGAUGACAGAUAGAUGACAGAUAGAGGACAGAUAGAUGACAGAUAGAGGACAGAUAGAGGACAGAUAGAGGACAGAUAUAAAUCCAACAUGUAAAAGAAUACGAUAAUUAUCAUUUCUAUCUACAUUAAAUGUUUGGAAACUGUCAUUUUAGUAUAAAAGAAAUCCUUCUUUACCUUCUCUUUCUACACAAAUCAAACAAGGUUUGAGAUACUAAGUACUGGUGUCGUUAGUCCCUGGUCCCUAAGUAAGAGGUGCUGUUAACUCUAUGUCAGUGUAUAAGUUCACGAAUUGUUUAAAGCUAUUAUUUAUUUUUGAUAAUUGAUAACAACAAAAGAACAGUUUAAAUAAAAUAUUUUGAUGAAUAAA